AUGGCCGAGCCAAAGCCCCUUCCCUUCCAAUACCAGUUUGCCGCAGGCGCAAUUGCGGGCGUCUCGGAGAUUCUAACCAUGUAUCCUUUGGAUGUGGUCAAGACUAGAGUUCAGCUGCAGACUGGCUCGGGCUCAGGUGCCGAAGCCUACAAUGGCAUGCUUGACUGCUUCAAGAAGAUCAUCAAGCACGAAGGGUUUUCACGUCUCUACCGCGGCAUCACCGCUCCGAUUCUGAUGGAAGCCCCCAAGCGAGCCACCAAGUUUGCUGCCAACGACGAAUGGGGCAAGGUCUACCGCAAGAUGUUUGGCGUCGACAAGAUGAACCAGUCAUUGUCGGUCCUCACCGGUGCUACCGCAGGUGCCACCGAAGCCAUCGUUGUCGUUCCAUUCGAGCUGGUCAAGAUUCGUCUGCAAGACAAGGCAUCUGCUGGAAAAUACAACGGCAUGGUGGAUUGUGUUGUCAAGAUUGUUAAGAACGAGGGCCCCCUCACCCUUUACCAAGGUCUUGAGAGCACAAUGUGGCGACACAUUCUCUGGAACGCCGGCUACUUUGGCUGUAUCUUCCAGGUCCGGCAAUUGCUUCCCAAGGCUGAGACCGGCCGCGGCAAGAUAGGCAACGACUUGAUCUCUGGUGCUAUCGGUGGAACCAUUGGAACCAUUCUCAACACUCCCCUCGACGUCGUCAAGAGCAGAAUUCAGAAUACUCCCAAGGUGCCCGGUCAGAUUCCCAAGUACAACUGGGCUUUCCCCUCCGUGGUGACUGUUUUCAGGGAAGAAGGUUUCGGUGCUUUAUACAAGGGCUUCUUGCCCAAGGUUCUCCGUCUCGGGCCUGGAGGCGGUAUCCUGUUGGUCGUUUUCACCACCGUCAUGGACACUUUCCGCAAGUGGCAAUCAUAG